GUUAGUUUGACUGUCAAAACAUUUUUUUUAUCGAUGUCGCGAAAAUUUUUCUGCACUUCGUGAGUAAUGGACUAGUGGUUCAGAAAAAGUUCUAAAUUGUGGCAGAAAUUGUGUAAAUUCCAGUAUAUUAAGUGCUCAGGAAUACUACUUUUCAGUGAGCAUCAAGGGAAACUAAAAUUUGGCGCAAAUGAGGAUGACAUCACCGUCUAAAAUCAUGCUUAUAGCAUGCGGCUCAUUCAGUCCCCCAACCCCAAUGCACUUUCGAAUGUUUGAAAUUGCACGAGAUUAUUUUGAACAGAUUGGAUCAGCCAGUGUAGUUGGAGGAAUAAUCUCACCGGUGCACGAUUCAUACGGCAAGAAUGGUUUAGUUUCUGCCACACACCGGUGUAAUAUGAUCAAAAUUGGGCUGCAAUCUUCGGACUGGAUUCGGCUUUCGGAGUGGGAGACACAGCAAGAAGAAUGGACGAGGACACGACUCACACUCCAAUACCAUCAGAACUGCAUUAAUUCCUUCCUGAAGGACGCGAAUAGCACAAACGAUCAGCACAUUCCGUCGUGGAUUCCGGAAGGGUUGAAAAAGACCGCCAGCCAGGUUCAGCUGAAGCUGCUUUGCGGCGCAGACCUGCUCGAGUCUUUUGCAACGCCGGGACUGUGGAAAGACGAGGACAUCGAAGCCAUCGUCGGGCAGCAUGGGAUUGUGGUAAUUUCCCGUGCCGGAUCAAAUGCCGAACAGUUUAUCUUCAACUCGGACCUGCUGAGCCGCUAUAGGAGAAACAUUACAAUUGUCACCAACUGGAUAACGAAUGAUGUCAGUUCCACGCUCGUACGUCGCCUUCUUAACCGAGGAAUGUCAGUGAAAUAUUUGCUGGAUGAUUAUUUGAUAGAAUAUAUUAAAAAGCAUGCUCUCUACGGUACCAGCAACACUAAGUACAUUAUGCCCGCCAGUACGAGUGGGGAAAUGAUGAGCAUUUCUCCCGUUUCUCCCAUAAUUGAUGACGACUACGUCGAGUGUCGAAAUGAGUUGAAUACUCUGAACACGCUGGAAUCAAUGGACGAAACGGACUUUCCUCGCAAUACUUUAAAUCGAGUGUUUUGUUGCGGCACCGAAAACGAAUCAAAAUCGUCAUCGAAGGGCACAAGGGGAUUUCUGACCCACCCUGGGAGCGCUGUUAAAAUAACAACCUCUACCAUUACUUCUAGCAGUUCAAGUGGAACAGACUCGGGAAUAGUUUCCAUCUCUCAGCAUAUAGUAGACGACAAGGUGGGUAACACUACAAGUUCAGCACAAAACCGCACAAACAACUCUGAACCAAGCACCAAAACGAGCACAACGGCACUUGAUACGCAACGGCAACAAAAUUCACCCAAUAGCACAGCCAAAGCCACACAAAGAGAACCGAAAAAUACAAAGGAUUUACAACUCUCGGUUGCUGAACUAGCAAAGUCCCGUUCAGUUCAAAGCACUCCUGCUACAGUCAAUAAGGCAAGCAGUCAAACCACAGCAGCAAGUUCAUCUGCUGGUCGCAUCAGCCCUUCGAAAAGCUACGAUGACAUGAUAAAGUUUGUCUUCACGGAACACGGCAUAAAAGUGAUCAGCGAUCGCGAAUAUGUAGUUUAGACAGGCAUUUUGCCAUUCAAUUAUAACGUACAGUCUUUUUGGUCGUUCCCAAGAAGCUGAAACUUUCUGCGGUGCAGGUCUAACCGGCUUAUGCGCACCUGGUGUAGCCAGCAGAUAAUAACACAAUAGAUGAACCAAAGCAUGGUGUCGGUGUCAAUAGAUUGAAAUUUUAAGGCAAUAGCAGUUUCAUGCAUAGACAAACUUUUAAUCUCGUCUCGAUAUUAACUCAAUUUAAUCUAUAUCUGUUAAAUGGUUAUGUAUACUAUUUGUUUAACUAGUGUUAAAGUAUUUGACUAUUAUUUAGAUUUAGCUUUAGUAUUUAACUAAUUAGACCUUCAUUCACUUUUAGCGAGUAAAGCACUCGAUCACUUUGGCGUAUUUGACGAACAUGUUCUUUUUUUAGUUAUUCACGUCCACGUCCUUUUUUCAAUAUUUUUAUUAACAUUUAUUCUAACUCAAGAGCUAAUUCUACACCUUAGCGUCAAUUCAAAGUCUGGAAAAUUUCGUGAAACAACUUUUUCUAACUGCAGUGCUUGGAUGGAUCGAUGAUACCUCAGUGAAAAUCAUUAGUCCGAGUAAUCUGACAGUUGCCGCAGCUUUUCGUAGUACCGUAGGUAAUACGGCAAGUUUUUUUUCUAAAUGAACAAUAACAAUCGAGCAUCGUAUCUGAAAUGAUGUUAUGUUGAGUUUUAUUGAUUCGUUGAAGCGUUAAUCCCAGUUUCGCGGUCAAAAAGAAUCGCUCGAGAAAUUUCUUGACCGAUUCCUGGCAGAAACUACGAUGAAUGUCAUUUCAGUAAUCAUUUCUUUCCAACUGCGUACUGCGAUAAAAGAAAAAUGGUUUCUUGGUGCAUCAAGAUAGGCCGAGAAAUUCC